CGUAUAUCUUUUGUGCUGCUGUGUUGUGUAACAUAAUUUUUCAUUUACACAUUAGUCUGUGAUAACGAUUAAAAAUGCCAUAUUGCUGUGUGCCUGAAUGUAAAAAAUGCACAAGGAAAGGAGUAAAGAUUUUUAUGGCUCGUUUCCCAACAGAUUCAGAAAGAAAACAGAUUUGGAUUGCUAACAUAGGCAAAGAUAAUUGGAAUAAGACAACAGAUUUAUAUGUAUGUGAGACACAUUUUGCGAAUGAAAUGUGGGAGAAAGCACGCGUUGACGGAAAAAAGAAAUUAAAAGGCAAUGCUCUGCCCACAAUUUUCCCUGCUCGAUUGAAAAGAAGUAACACAUCUAUUAUUACAAAUGAUAAAAUGAAUGAAUCUUCAGAAAGUCAACCUAGUGCGUUUGAAACAUUUAAUGUUUAUGAAGACAAGCAACAGGACUGUCUCGAAGCAGAUGUUCCUGAUGUUAUUCCAUUGACAUCGAGUAAUGUUGCAGAUCUCUCCAUUCCUACCCAUUCAAAGAAAAUAUGUAACGAAGAUAUUAAUGAAGUUGAACGAUUAAAUAAUAAUUGUGAACAAUUAAAGAAACAGCUGGAGGAAGCAAAUAAAAAAGUGGAUUUGGCCAAUAAAAUUAUAUUGAAAAGUAACAUAUCCAACAAUGUCUUAAAAAAGCAUAUUAAGAGGUUGACACAAAUGAAAAACAAUUCAAAAACCCAGCACAAUUAUGUGAAAUUGAAAUCAUCACUGAAGCAAAUAUUUAAUGAUGACCAAAUAGAAGCUCUCGAGCGUCGAUCCUCACGCGGCCACAAGUGGUCUAACGAUACGAUAAAAAAAGCACUUCGAUUAAAGUUUUCCUGUGGUUCCAGUGGAUAUCAAGAAUUACUGAAGGAAAAACUGCCUCUACCAUGCGAACGUACCCUUCGAAGGAAAUUGGAAAGUAUUCAAUUUGAGGAGGGAAUUUGUGACGAUAUUUUUAAAUUAUUACAAGACAAAGUUGCUCAAUUUAAAGACGUUAGAGAAAAAGAUUGCUCACUUGUACUAGACGAAAUGUCUAUUGCUCCAGGUCAACAAUUUGAUCCAUCCACACAGUCAUUUUAUGGAACUGCAUCGUUUUGCACGC